AUGGCGGGGCGCAAGCGCCCAUUGCAAGCACACUCUAGCUCAGAGGACAACAUACUGGGGAGCCCGUCCGCCAAGCGAUCCCGGACCUCGACCUCUCUGAAGGAUACACCGUCUAUAUCGGCGUCAGACGCUCUACCAAAGACACCCUCCACUCAGAAGACCUCCCUGUUCUCGCGCAAGUCCUCUUCCUCCCUCACGAAGUCGCGCACGAAGAAGGCCGCGCCCACAUCUCAGAAGACACUCACGCAGCUGCACUUUGUGCUCGAUACGACGGUGAUGCGGACGUGCGGGCUGUGCGGGCUGUCGUACACGAAGGCCGCGCCGGAGGACGAGACGCUGCAUCGCGCGCACUGCGCAAGGGUGCGGAAGGGCAUGGAGUGGGGAAAAGAGGAAGAACGCGAGAGGGAGAAGGCGGGGGUGGUGGAGGUGGAGAAUGUGGCGUGGAAGACGAGCAGGGGGAAGACGAGUGGGAGGAUUAUCUACUUCAAGGCGGACGUUGGGGGAAAGAUUGGCAGCAAGCUUGCUACUCUUCUCGACACCAUCAGCCUUGCGCUAUCCUCGCCGCCACUCACGAAGGAGAUCCUUGCGGCGUCCAAAGUCUACCUUUUCCUGCAAGCGCCAGCUGUUCCAGGCGGGCGCGAGAAGAUCGCAGGCUGCGUGAUAGCGCAGCGCAUCGAGACCGCGAUGGACAUCGCCACUCCGGAAGAGGUUGCUGCCUCCUCACCCGAGUCCUCUCCCAACUCUCCCCCUACGGCCACCAUGGUCGCAGUCGACACUAGCACCGGUCUGUUCUGCCACCCGACACCACUGCCCACACCCAUGGGCAUCCCACGGUUGUUCGUCCCUUCUUCGCAUCGCCGAAUGGGUAUUGCGAGCCGCCUCCUCGAUGCGGCGUGCCGCACGUUCAUUUACAACUGCCACCUCGACCCGCGGAAGGGCGAAGUGGCGUUCACGCAGCCUACGGGCGACGGCGCUGCGCUCAUGCGCAGAUGGGGCGGAGGGAAGGUCCGGAUCUACGAAGAGUAG